GCUGCAUGAAUCACCUUAAGAUUCUUCAGCCUUCUACUGUCUCCUAGUAACUCGCAGCCUAAAAGGCCACACCCCUUGCUUGAUCGUCACACUUCCUCUUUCUCAUGUAUUUGAAUGAGGUAGAGUGCCUAUGGGAGGUAGACUUUAAAACAACAGACUAGGUUGUAUCAGAAGGGUGUUCAACAAUAAUUACAAAGCUCCAAACUUCAGCUUAAUAACCAGUAAAAUGGAAUUAAAAGGGUGGGGCCGUAGCAUCUCUUUGGUAUAGUCCCAGCAUUGAUCCCCAUCACUACAAAUUUUAUGAAGUUUCUCUCCCUCAUUAUUUAAAUGUUCACAAUUUCCUAUUUAUUAUUGAUAGGUAGGUAGAGAGAUGCUACAAAUACAUUGCGGCCUAGGACUCUACAUAGGAUUAAUCAUUUGUGUACAGGUGGUUUGAAACUGCCUUCUGUUCUCCUGCUGUCUGCUUUAGAAGCAGUUGAGGGUGAGAGCUGUGGGGCAGCAGAUGGCUGUUCAUAGUCUUGCACGGUCCUUCCGAAGGAUUUCAUGCAGAGAGAGAACACAGAAUGAGAUGGAGACUUGGUGCCAUUUGCCCCGCUAUCCUUCGCACAAACCCAAUUCUCUUCAUUCACUCCCUUCCCCAGUGCUGCCUAUAAUCACUGAUUCUGACUAAUCCUGCACCAAAGUAGAAAAUUCCCAUGGGAUCUAUGGUCAGGAAGCUUCUUAUUGUCCUCUGAACAUCAGAGAGGCAAAUGGGAAAAGGCUAUCCUCCCCCUUUCUCGUUCCCCGCCAUGCCCUGCUUGCUGUUUUUGGCUGGGAAGCAGUCUCAGGCUUGCAAAGCCAAGUGACUCUCUCUCUCCGUCUCCCCCCGCCCGUGUGUGUGUGUGUGUGUGUAUGCACAAGCCCGAGCGUGGGUAUGUAUAUUGGUUGUGUGUCAUUAGUAGGGAGAGGGUUUGGGGAUGGGAUCCCAUGACGUUACUGGCUCCUCCUCCCAAUGAAAAUAAGGGGUUCUUGGCGCGCAACGACCCUAAGCGGCAGCAUUGAAGCCCGAGCAGUUGAAGUCUGCAGACCCAACCCAACUCUGAAGUCAGCCUCACUGAACCGGAUCUGAGAAUCUUUGCUCUCUGGGCUUGACACAGCUCUCUGAACCCAGCAUCCUCGUCAAUUCCAGCCAGAAUGCGGUGGCAGGCACUUAGAAGAUUUGGUCAAAAGCUAGUGCGGAGACGUGUGUUGGAGCCAGGCAUGGGUGAGACCCGCCUUGCCAGAUGCCUAAACACCCUCGACUUAGUGGCCCUGGGUGUGGGCAGCACACUGGGUGCAGGUGUGUAUGUCCUGGCUGGUGAGGUGGCCAAAGAUAAAGCAGGACCAUCCAUUGUGAUCUGCUUUUUGGUGGCUGCUCUGUCUUCCGUGUUGGCUGGACUGUGCUAUGCUGAGUUUGGUGCCCGGGUCCCUGGCUCUGGUUCUGCAUAUCUCUACAGUUAUGUCACCGUAGGUGAACUCUGGGCCUUCACUACCGGCUGGAACCUUAUCCUCUCCUACGUUAUUGGUACAGCCAGUGUGGCCCGGGCUUGGAGUUCUGCUUUUGACAAUCUGAUUGGGAACCACAUCUCUGAGACUCUGAAGGGGACCAUCUCGCUGCAUGUGCCCCAUGUGCUCGCAGAAUAUCCAGAUUUCUUUGCUUUGGUCCUUGUGUUGCUGCUCACUGGAUUGUUGGCCCUGGGGGCGAGUGAAUCUGCCCUGGUUACCAAAGUGUUCACAGGGGCGAACCUCUUGGUUCUCGGGUUUGUCAUCAUCUCUGGCUUCAUUAUGGGAGAUCUGAAAAACUGGAAGCUCACAAAAGAGGACUAUUGCUUGACCAUGAGUGGAUCCAAUGACACUUGUAGCUUCGAGUCUAUGGGCUCUGGAGGUUUCAUGCCUUUUGGUUUGGAAGGGAUUCUACGUGGAGCUGCUACCUGUUUCUAUGCCUUCGUUGGUUUUGACUGUAUUGCUACCACCGGGGAAGAGGCUCAGAAUCCCCAACGCUCCAUCCCUAUGGGUAUUGUGAUCUCAUUGUCCGUCUGCUUUCUGGCAUAUUUUGGUGUGUCUUCGGCACUUACCCUCAUGAUGCCUUAUUAUAUGCUUCGCCCGGAGAGCCCUCUGCCUGAGGCAUUUUCCUACGUUGGCUGGGGUCCCGCCAGCUACCUUGUGGCUGUUGGCUCCCUCUGUGCUCUUUCCACUAGUCUUUUGGGCUCUAUGUUUCCUAUGCCUCGGGUGAUCUAUGCGAUGGCAGAAGAUGGCCUUCUGUUCCGUGUGCUUGCUAAGGUUCACAAUGGUACACACACACCCAUUGUGGCCACUGUGGUGUCUGGCAUUAUUGCAGCAUUCAUGGCAUUCCUCUUCGAACUCGCUGAUCUUGUGGACCUCAUGUCAAUUGGGACACUGCUUGCUUACUCCCUGGUGUCCAUUUGUGUUCUCAUUCUCAGAUAUCAGCCUGACCAGGAAAUGAAGAAUGGUGAAGAGGAAGUGGAAUUGCAGGAGGAGAAGACACUUGAAGCAGAGAAGCUGACUGCCCAGGCUCUGUUUUGUCCAGUCAGCUCCAUCCCCACCCUCCUUUCUGGUCGAGUUGUCUAUGUUUGCUCCUCACUGCUUGCUGUACUACUGACUGUUCUUUGCCUGGUGCUGACACAGUGGACAGCUCCACUUAGUUCUGGAGACCCAGUGUGGAUCACAGUGGUUGUGCUAAUCCUGGGAUUCAUUCUUGGGAUUGCUGGAGUUAUCUGGAAACAGCCACAGAACAACACUCCCCUUCACUUUAAGGUUCCUGUUCUGCCUCUACUCCCCCUGGUGAGCAUCUUUGUGAAUAUAUACCUGAUGAUGCAAAUGACAGCUGGCACUUGGGCCCGAUUUGGGAUCUGGAUGCUGAUUGGAUUUGCUAUCUACUUUGGCUAUGGGAUCCAGCACAGUGUGGAAGAAGCUAAGAAUCAUCAAACCCUACCCAAAUCAAGGACCCGAACUGUAGACCUUGAUCUCACUGCUUCCUGUGUUCACACUAUUUGACCUAAUCAUACCUGAGUGCUGUCUAGUCCCCCUACACAAUAAUGGAGAACACUCUUACCCCAUGGAGAGCUGGGCCUCUCAUGUGGUAUUAGUGGGGGAUACUAAAUAGACUCUAUUUAUUGUGGAACAAAUGGAUGUGUCUUUACUGUUUCUCCUUUUUUAUUUACUUGUCUACUUUGGAAUCAUCUCUGUAAUUGUUUCCUGGCUUUGAAAAAAUACGUUAUUAAAAGAAAACGGGGUAAAAACUU